UGAUGUAAGUUUCAGGAUUUUCAGGCCAUUUCCCCGAGUCAUUAUUCACAAAUACAGAGCCGUAUCUGAUUUCAUGUGCGUUUCGAGGAGACCAUUAGGAUUUUUUUCCUUUGUUCUCCUUCCAAUCGAUUCCGGUGAUCUUAUCUGCAACUUGAAUUUUACUAGUGGAAAGUGAUAAUAAAAAAAUUGGCUGAAUAACGGCCAUUGUGUCCGAUGUCUAGUGCUGAAGUGGUGGACAGUUCCUUUGACCCUCCAGCUAAGAAGCGGAAAAUAGCUACGGGAGAACCUGCUCCUGCCGACUCCGUUUCAGAAGCUCGUCUCGAAAUGGCUCAAAACGGAUCUGACCGACCCCAAACUGAUAUCGAUGAAGGUUUGUACUCGAGACAACUCUACGUUCUCGGCCACGAUGCCAUGCGGCGUAUGCAGUCUUCGGAUGUUCUCAUCUCAGGUUUGAGUGGGCUCGGUGUCGAAAUCGCCAAGAACGUCAUCCUUGGCGGUGUCAAGUCCGUCACCCUUCACGAUCAAAGCAAGUGUGAGCUAUCGGAUCUUUCCUCGCAGUUCUAUCUGUCAGAAUCAAGUGUCGGACAGAACCGUGCAGAAGCAUCAAUCCAACAGCUCGGGGAAUUGAACAGCUACGUUCCCCUCAAGUCGUACACAGGACCUUUGACAGAAGACUUCAUCAAAGGCUUCCGAGUGGUAGUUCUAACCAAUAGUAGUCGUGAAGAGCAGCUGCGUAUCUCUGAGAUCACCCAUGCCGCCAAUAUUGCCCUUAUCAUCGCAGAUACCAGGGGUCUCUUUGCUCAGGUAUUCUGUGAUUUUGGUACUGAAUUCACUGUGGUGGAUACCACUGGUGAAAAUCCUGUCUCUGCCAUGAUAGCUGGUAUCACAAAAGAUACAGAAGGUGUAGUCACAUGCUUAGAUGAAACACGACAUGGCCUGGAAGAUGGAGACUACGUAACAUUUUCUGAAGUCCAAGGUAUGACAGAGCUGAACAAUUGUGCUCCCAUCAAAAUCCGUGUGCUUGGUCCGUACACUUUUUCAAUCAGUGAUACUUCUAAAUUUUCAGACUAUAUCAGAGGGGGAGUUGUUACGCAAGUGAAAAUGCCCAAAGUAAUCAACUUUUUACCUCUGAAAGAAGCCAUUGAGAAGCCUGAAUACCUCAUUGCUGAUUUUGCUAAAUUUGACCAUCCGUCCACGUUGCAUGUUGCCUUCACUGCACUGCACAGUUAUAUCAAGAGUCAGGGUCGCCCUCCAAAACCAUGGAAUAGCAAUGAUGCUGCAGAGUUUCUGAAAAUCUCGAAAACUCUAUCCCCUAACUAUGAGGACCUAAACGAAAAGUUGUUAGAAAUCUUUGCUAAAACUGCAGCUGGUAAUCUUGGUGCCAUGUGUGCCACUAUUGGUGGCAUUGUCGCCCAAGAAGUCAUGAAAGCAUGCACAGGGAAGUUCAAUCCAAUUUAUCAGUGGUUCUACUUUGAUGCCAUUGAGUGUUUGCCAGAAGAUCUCUCUCAAAUGACGGAAGAAGAUUGUAAACCAGUAAAUGACCGCUAUGAUGGUCAAACGGCAGUAUUCGGACGUACUUUCCAGAAGAAACUUGGUGCUUUGAAAUACUUUGUUGUCGGAGCUGGUGCUAUUGGCUGCGAGCUUUUGAAGAACUUUGCUAUGAUGGGAGUUGGAUCUGAAGGUGGACAAGUCAUUGUUACAGAUAUGGAUUUAAUUGAAAAAUCAAACCUUAACAGACAAUUCCUUUUCAGGCCCCAUGAUGUUCAGCGCCCAAAAUCAGUUACAGCCGCUAAAGCCAUACAUAAGAUGAAUCCGAAAAUGAAUGUGACAGCUCAUGAAAACAGAGUUGGAGUGGAAACGGAGAAAAUUUACAAUGAUUCCUUCUUUGAAAGCCUUGAUGGUGUUGCUAACGCCUUAGAUAACAUUGAUGCGCGAAUCUACAUGGACAGGCGUUGUAUCUAUUAUCAGAUACCUCUGCUUGAAUCAGGUACAUUAGGAACAAAAGGUAAUACCCAAGUUGUUGUACCGCACUUAACGGAGUCGUACAGUUCAUCUCAAGACCCUCCAGAAAAGAGUAUUCCAAUCUGUACGUUGAAAAACUUCCCGAAUGCCAUUGAACACACUUUGCAGUGGGCCCGUGAUAAUUUUGAAGGCUUGUUCAGACAAGCAGCAGAAAAUGCAGCCCAGUACAUAUGUGAUCCCAACUUUAUCGAGAGAACUCUUCGUCUACCCGGUGUACAACCUUUAGAAAUUUUAGAAUCGGUUAAAACUGCUUUAGUUGAUGAAAGACCAUACAAUUUUGAAGAUUGUGUUGUGUGGGCACGACAUCAUUUUCAAGAUCAAUAUUCCAACCAAAUCCGUCAAUUAUUAUUCAAUUUCCCUGCUGAUAGUGUAACUUCAACCGGUCAACCUUUUUGGUCAGGACCGAAGCGUUGCCCAUCUCCAAUUGAGUUUGAUGUUAAUGAGUCCUUACAUUUGGAUUAUGUCAUAGCUGCUGCGAACCUCAAAGCUUCUGUGUAUGGAAUUCCAGUGAACAGAGACCGCCAGGCUAUCGCAGAAAUGGUUAAAAAAGUAAAGGUUCCAGAGUUCACUCCCAAGUCUGGCGUGACGAUUGCUGUGACUGAUGCCCAAGCAUCUGAACAAAUGGCCAACGGAAGUGGGAACUUAGAUCAAGAUAGAAUCGGACAGUUGCAGAGUGAAUUGCCCUCCAGGAGUCAGCUGAGUAAUCUGCGCAUCACGCCGUUAGACUUUGAAAAAGAUGACGACACAAAUUUUCACAUAGAUUUUAUUGUAGCUGCCUCUAACUUACGAGCCACAAAUUAUUCAAUUCCAAUCGCUGAUCGUCACAAGAGUAAACUCAUUGCCGGUAAAAUUAUCCCUGCCAUUGCCACAACAACCUCUGUUGUAGGUGGUUUGGUUUGUUUAGAACUGAUUAAAUUAGCUCAAGGUUUCAAAAGUUUAGAAAGAUACAAGAAUGGCUUCGUCAAUUUAGCUCUACCAUUCUUUGGAUUCUCUGAACCUAUUGCAGCCCCAAAACUCAAAUACUACGACACUGAAUGGACACUUUGGGACCGCUUUGAAAUCCAAGGUGAAAUGACCAUGGGUGAAUUUAUUAACUACUUCAAAGAAAAAUACAACCUCAAGAUAACUAUGCUCUCCCAAGGCGUUUGUAUGCUGUAUUCUUUCUUCAUGCCCCCAGCAAAGGUUCAAGAAAGAUUGAAUCUUUCCAUGACAGAGGUAGUGAGGAAAGUUUCCAAAAAGAAAAUUGAACCUCAUGUCAGAGCGCUUGUUUUUGAGCCCUACUGUACUGAUGAAGAAGGAAAUGAUGUGGAUGUUCCGUUUGUCAAGUAUACGCUUCCCACUCCGUAGAAGCUCUCCCUUUAACAUGAAAAGGUGAAUCAUCUGUGCCUGAGUGUGGAUCAACAGUGAUCUGAGUGCGGAGCAGGAAUAUGAGUUCACUUCACUCUCUAUGGUUUGAGUCAUGAAUUAAUUUUUAAUGCAAUUUUGAAAUUUUCUCAUUUUAUUCAAGAAUUUUUUACCUUUUUUCUCUUUUAUUUUUUGAAUGUACCCAUUUCAUGCUAUCAUGCAGGACUGUAAAUAGUUUUCUCUCAGCAUGUAAACUGAAGGAUUAAAAAUUUGUCGUUUGUCGAAGAUGAAGGAAAUGCGCUAUUUCUCAUCAAUUUUGGCGUGGUAUUUUUCUGGUUUCAUUCAAUUUUUUCUUGUUCCUAAGCUAAUGAAGUAUUCUUCUGAAAAACUAUCAAUUGGCAUGUAAAGUUAUUUAUAAUUUUUUUUAAACAAUUUAAAUCCUUUGGAAUCAGCUCCUAGUGAUUGAAACAAUCAAGUUAGGAGUACUUAUUAUUCAAGCGUAUCUAAAGUCUGUCAUUCAUUGUGUCCAUUCUAAAGCUCAAUUCACAAACUUUAACUUUUCUUCCAACAUUAUUGGAUCGAAAGUUUUACUGAGUAAUUCAAAUAGUAAAAAUUUCCAUUCACUGGAGUUGGAGAAAAAGUUGGAUGAAAAAUUGGAACCGUCAAAUUGGAUUUCACCGACCGAUAAGUUUUCUAUUUAUCCCUCAAAGAUUUCACGGAACACACCACUCCAAUUUUUUUUUCCUUUCUCAUUUAUAUAUAUUUACAAUUGCUGUGAAAUGUGUCGGUAAUUUUUCAAUCCAACCAAUUUUUUAUUAACUUUUAAAUAGUUUUUGAUGAACGUUUUGUAUGUUUUAAAUAAAUAAGAAAUUACAUUCAGAACACCACUUCAGUUUGAAAUGUGAAAAAUGCUAGAUUUUAAGGUACAAGAUGAAAAAAAAAAAAAACUAACGAAUCAAAUUUCAAAACUGUAAAUUCACCUGAUUAAUAUUAAGUUAUUUGAGUUGUUUGGUUUUCAAUUUGCCUUGGUAGAAGAGGAAAUCUGAAGUACUGUGGCGCUAUUCAAGCAAUCGGUCUGGAGAAUUACGUUAUUUGCUGCAAUUCGAAAGAAACAGUUUAAUUAUUGUAAUGUCUUGAAACUAAAUCUAUGGAGUGUAGAACGCCUUUUCGCAAUAAUUAAAUCUAAUCUCAUUUUUACUCAAUUUCUUAAUCUUUUUGAGUAAUGGAGGGUCGAGCUUGAGCUUGUAAAAAAAAGCUUGAUUUCUUGAAGUGCAAUUCAUUUAACACCGUGGCACAAUUUUUCAAUUUACUCGACCGCAUUAAUUUGAAUUUAUAGUGUGAAUUAACAAGAACCAUUCUAUCAGGUAUGCCUCUGCUCGUCAGCUUCAUUCUCUGAAUCUACAAUAGUUUUAUCAACACUUGAUAGAACUGUGAUCAUUGUUAAUAGCUCAAUAAUACAAUUUUGGUUUUAGUUGCAAUGCAGAGAUUCUUUAGAAGAAAGGAAGGAAAGCAUUGCAAUGCUGCCAGGAAUGUGCAUUGUAGAGAAUCACCUGGAACUCUUGUCUUUCAAGGGAUUUUCCUCAUUUUUCCAUAACUACAGUUUUGGUACAUGCAUAUUUUGUUGACCAGAAUUGGAUUUCAGGGGACACAAUCAUAGCAGCAUUGAAAGGUGUGGAUACCCCUUAACCAAAGAACUCUGUAAUUGCAAUGCCUAGGAAUCGUACAUGUGAUUUUUCCGAAGUUUAUCAUUUGUCCAGUCCUGAAAGAAUGUCUCUCAAAUCAGCUGGCAGCAACCGUAAUUUUCAUCUUCUAUCACUUAACAUGUCCAAAGCUUAUCUAGCUUAUCUUUAGCUUAUUUCGGGUUUUAUUUUUGUAUUUUUAAUAGUAUAAGAUCCUUCUUGUAAAAUGAUUUUGCUCUUUCCCCUCUAUUUUUUAUUUUGAAUGUUUCUCUUUUUACAAAGUAUUCACUCAAUUGUCUCUCUCGAAGAACUAUUCAUACCUACAGGCUGUCAUCUUGUAAUUGUUUCGAUUGAACUGAUCAAUAAAUUUUAGGACUGUAAUUUCUAAUGUUUAAUUUCUUGUUUAACGAUUAAGAGAUUGGUUUACUUUAUAAUCUUAAGAAAACUAACACUUGGCGUCUUUUCACUUUUAGUUGUCAUUUUUUUAUUUCAAUCAUAACUAAUUUGAGAAACCUGAGCAGGCUUUCAGAUAAGCCACUGAUUUAACAGUCUAAAAGUAAGCAAAGUUCGGACUGAGCUACUGUCAAGCCCUUCCUGUAUUUUUUAAUUCUAUAAUAUUGAGUUUUUAUCUCCUUCAUCGCAUUUACAUAUUUUUUUAUUUUACUAGCAAAUGAUUUAUCGCAGUUGUAAGCUCUAUAAUAAAAUGAUGAAGUAUUAUUAUAA